AUGUCAUUCCAACAACCGACUCGACCGACCCCAAAGGACAUCCUCCGAUAUCGCUACCAGCACGGGACCAAUCUAGGAAGUAUUUUCAUCUUGGAACAAUGGCUGUUCGGGAGCAUGUACGACGAAGGGGUGCCGGGGAGCAGUGAACUUGACGCCAUUAUUGCGUCCAUCAAUGCCCGUGGCCUCGAUGCAACUCGCCAGAAAUGGGAGACUCACUGGGCCAACGCCCUCACCGACACCGACCUCGACUGGCUGGCUACUUCUGCACACUGCAAUUCAAUUCGGCUGCCGAUCGGCUAUUUCACAUUGGGCCCAGCCUUUUGUGCCAACACAGCUUUCGCCAUGGCCCCCUCUCAGGUCUAUAUCAACGCAUGGUCCGCUGUGAAGCGCCUCGUCUGGCGGUGUUUCCAGCACGGCAUCGGUGUUUUGAUCGACCUUCACGGCGUUCCAGGCGGUGCCAAUCAUGAAACCCAUUCUGGCACCAGCAGCGGGAAAGCCGAACUAUGGGGUAACCCGUUGAACCUUGAGCUUGCGACCCGGUGCCUGAUGUUCAUUGCGGAUGAGACGAUCCGAGACCCACAACUGGCGGGAGUGGUUGGACUGCAAGUCUGCAACGAAGCCAUCAUCGAUCCCCCGGGUAUGUAUGAGUGGUACAACGAUAUCAUACAACGUAUAUCUACCAUGGACGUUUCCUUCCCUAUCUAUAUCAGCGAUGGAUGGGAUUUGGGUCGCGCCGUGCGUUUCACUCGAGCAUACAACAAUCCAGAUAUGCCGCGUUGCCCGGUGAUUGUGGAUACGCACAAAUAUUGGACCUUCGAUGAAAAAGACACGUCGCGGUCUCCCUACGAGAUCAUCGAGCAAGUCAAGACAGAGCUGCAAGAACUCGAUCCGAGUCUUGUCGGGGACGUUUUCGCCCAUCAGGCUGCCGUGGCAGUCUUCGUCGGCGAGUACAGCCUUGCGUUGGCGCCACAGACAUGGAGCAAAGCUCCCGCUGAUCAAAAAGCUGAACUGAUGCGGCAGUUUGGUCAGGCUCAGAGUCAGCGGUGGCAGAGUAGAGCGUCUGGGUCGGCAUUCUGGACUUUCAAGAUGGAGUGGAUGCCUGGCUGGGAAUGGGGGUUCAAGGCAUCCACCGAUGAUGGACAGAUUGUAUGCCCCAAGCAGUUUACGUUGACCGUGGGAGAAAUCAAACACCGGCUUUCGCAAGCGGACGAGAGGAAGACCCAGCUCUCGCAUGAUGCACUCAACGGACAUACGGCGUACUGGACAAGCACGCAGCCCGGUGCCAACUUUGAGCAUUGGCGGUAUAGCGACGGCUGGAACCUCGGGUGGGCAGAUGCGCGGUCUUUCUUUGCUGCACGGGUGGAAGGCCAAAUUCCCUCUGCCUCCAACCCUGGUGCAGCUGCUGUCCUGACUGGUGGUGUGGGCCUGGAUGGUGCGAGUGCCAGCCACCCAGUUGUGCCUACAAGUAUGGAUGAGAAUGCUGUUAUUGGUGCAGACGUGAUCGGUGCAUUGGAUCUCUGGAUCCUCAAGCGUAUGCAGCAGGGAGGAAUUGCGAGCUCGCGGAUGUGUCCAUUUGGAUGGGAAUUCGAGCACGGCUUCCGCCGAGGCGUGAGUGAUUUUGGGGGCGUUGUCGGCGCAUGA